AUCAUUUUAUAAAAGAAUCGCCUUAAAAAGACCUGAAUUUAAUUCUUUCCGUCAUUCGCUUUUCGCAGUCAAAAUCUUGUGAACUCACCUUUAAUUGAGUUAUUCGCUUGCCAUUUCUGAACUGAAUGGCCAGAUUUGAAAUUGUGGAUUUGUUAAUCGUUUUUAAACCUUUCAUAAAUUGUAAUUGAGAAGGAUCUACUUAUCAUUGAUACACUAAAUGGUAUUCGAAUAAGUACAGGUUUGAUCCCAAUACCACAGUAAUCCAGUGUAGCGUUGAAACAAUACGCGCGUGUGUUCAUUCUACGAUAGAAAUCAAAUAGCUUGGAUAUUUUAUAUGGAAGCAAAUCUGAAGUAAUAAUAAUUGUGGGUGUGUUUGAAGUAUUAAUUAUGAUGAACAGUUCACACAAAGCCGUAGCUCGUGCGUAGGAAUACUGAAACCAUGAGUCCGCGUCAUCAGUGAAAAAGAUACCACAGUUGACGUUAUUUUGGGAGUCCCGAACCUCUCCGGAACAAUAGUCGUUCAUUAAUUGUGUGUGUAUCCGAACAGUUGAACGCACUUUAGGAAGUUCAUCAAGAGGACAAUCUUUAUUUUUGAUAGAAUCCCCUCACCGGAUAAUAUCAUUGCACGUUCAUUGAUUUUGAUAUGCGAUGAUUAAAAGACGUCUUUAAGAACUGCUUGAAGCUUUUGUAAUUAACGCCAGCCAAAGAACGGUCGGCCUUUUAGCCACAUAGGUUUGUCAGAGUGAGUUGCAGAUUCAAGCGGAAUUUAUACUCUGAAUUCGCAGAAGCACAACGUUAGUGAUUGGUGAAAUAGUAUAAAUGGUAUAACGAUUACCAAGUUAUAAUACGUUUGGGUAGACGUUCUUAGAAUAUUGUGACACUCGAUUUAGUGGAAGAGUCUUAUGGUUGGAAUAAAUAUUAAAUCUGGUAAUAUCUACGAGUGUAAUAAUGCGGUAUAAGACGAUGAGCGCGUCACCUAACAGGGCACGACGGGCGACCAAAAGGUGUGAGGGUAGCGAGGGCGGAAUGAGGAAGGACAAUACGUGGAACGUGUCCGUGAACACUGACAGACCCAUCCUGGAGGACGACGCGCACUUAAAGGUGAGCUACACGCCCGGGAAGAAGGGUGGUAACUUCGGACUGCCCCUCGGGGCCAAGCUUAUGGUCCCUGAUGGGGUCUUCGGCAAAAAAGACAGCAUAACAUGCGAGGUUGCCCCACCCACACAGCGUUGGAAAUACACACCCGUACUUCCGGUUCACGAGCAUCUGACGUCAGAGAUUUUCCAGUUUACGUCAUCAUUGGCAAUACUUAAAAAAGCCGUAGUCAUCCAAAUCCCGUUUUAUCCAAUCGAUACGCAGCAUUCAGAAAUCAACGUGAAGGGAAGAUGGAAGGAUGAAAACGAGUGGGUCAACGUUGGGUUUUUGAAAAAGGACAGUACAAAGUCUCCAUGUGUAGAACUCGAGAUUGACCGGCUGGGUAUCUUCGUGGUGACCUUCACCCCGAAGAAGGAGGUGUUUGACGUGACGACACAGGGUUGCCUUUACAACUCCAGACUCAGCAAGUACAUCAGCAUCCGGUUCCCCAAGAAAACCACAGACAGAAACUUUCAGUGUUCCAUACAGAUCAACCCGAUAUCGCCGGCCAAGGUCCAGCUGGCGAAACAGAACUUCCCGCACGAGACAAAUGAGCUUCUGGAGACGUCAGAGUUCAUUGACGUCAUACCAGAGUGUCCUGUCACAUUCAAGCGUCCAGUGACCGUGAAACUACCACUUCCGGCUGGGUUUGAGGAGUCAGAUGAGAAAAAGACUGAUGACAUCGCGGUGCUACAGAAAACUGACCAGGGCUGGAUCGUGUUGGAUGGCGCCUACAAGUUCACGAAGACAACCGUCACUUUCGACGUCAAAACGCUUUCAACGUUUUGCGUAGCACUUUCAAAACCAGACAGAAAGACCGCACUGCACCGAUCAAUAGCCGUCCUUGAAGGCCGAGUGAGCAAGGAAAUGGGCGAAAUAUUAGUGUUUAUUAACCUUCAAGAAAAAUGUUGGAUUAUCCUGUUAGAGUGCUGUCCCAUCUCACGCAAGGAAGAAAAAGUGUCGGAAAGAAAAGAAAAAGGUUAUGCACUACUAGAUAAAUCUAUUAUUCAAAAAGAGGAGCCCGAGAAAAAGACUGGAUUUAGCAGGCGCCCGCCACCAACGGUGCAUAAAGCAAAAGCCCCGGAAGUAAACGGGUUUGAGAUUUUUGACGGUAUGAGGUGGGGCAUUGAUGUGAAAGACGAUAUCAAAGUUAGCUUUGACAGUGACUAUCUUGAAAACAAAGAGUUGCAAUUUUUCAAAUUCUUACCAGAAAGUUAUAGACGCUUUGUGAUAGAACCGAAAACUAACGAAGAAAAAGACCUUAUCGGCAAUAUCGCUUUCGCGCCCAUCGAAUCCACAGACCAGCAGGCGAAAUUCGCGUCGCCUAUGAAAUUCAAGUUGGACAUAACGGAAGAUACGGUGCGGGCGUAUUUCAAACCGGAAUUCGUGCCGGAAGAGCCCAAACCGGAAAAGGAGAAGCCGAGGAUCGAGUUUGAUUUGAACUUGAACAAUAAAGAAGAGAAGAAGGACGAACCGUUCGUGCCCAAGUUCAAACCCCUCCCGUCCUCUGUCAUGGAACGCCUGAUGAGGACCAGCAGGAAACCAAUCAUACUGGAGAGGGAGUCCCGGAUCCUGUCAGGCAAGAGCCUGAUGACCAUAUCGAAGCUGGUACCGGAAGGCUUGACCCUGGCCGUCCACCUUGACCUCCCCGACAGCACCAUCACCGGACUCGGCUUUGACGCCAUCUCUAACGGCCUGGGGAUGGUGGACGUCACGUACAAAAUACUUCUCUACUGGAAACGUCAGCAGAAGGACAAAAAAGACGGCGCCGUUAACGUUUUGUCGUCCGCGUUACGUGAUAUGGGACGUGACGACAUUGCGGCGGUGAUUACGGAACGUCACCGUGAGAAUAAAGACGUUACGUUAGAGUGCUUUACGCACUGAUUGGAACCUGUGUUAAAAUAGAUGGAAACAGUGUUACCAAUACAAAAGGACAUAACUAUUUCAGGAAAGUUGGUGGGGAUAAACGAAACAUGGAACGUUUCGACGUACGGACAUGUCAAUUUAUAUGAGCAUGUAUAUCUGUGUUGUCGUUUUGGAGUAAUAAGCAUUUAGAUAAAUAUGAUACCGUCCAAACUCAUUCAUGGGAUGUGUUAUAUAAUUAACAUAGUGAGCGUUAUUUUUCAGACAUGAACUGUUUUUUCAUUGCCUGAUUAUUUCGCCAUUGAACCAGACACAUGCCGGAUUUAUCAGUUAAGUGUUAUUUAUCAAAAUUGUGAUUGUUUACUAAACGGUUUUCUAUGUCUAUUUGCGGAUUAAUCAUUUAGUUAUUUUUCUGUUUCACAGACGGGAAGCCUUUGGCUGUGUGUUUUGUCUUGUUGUUUUAAAGCAUUCAUUGUGUAUGAUGGUCGCAUUUACUGUGUUAGCAACAUUGUGAUAAAUACUGUUUACUCGUAUAUCAAAUACCACUACUAGUUACGAUCUACGAUUGACAAUGUUUUAAACAGCACAUCAAGUACCUGUUAUUUAAUUUAUAUAUUCAUUUAUGAAAUAAAUCUUGCAUUCGUU